AUGGAGUCUGCCACAAGAUACAUUCCAAGUCGACCCUCGUUCGUCAUUCUCGCCCUGGUCUCUUUACUUUGUACUUGGCUGCAUGCGUUGACGCUGCAGCAACUGUUCUUCGCCUUAAUUACACUCGAGCUUGCAUAUACAUGGACACAUCACCAAAUCAAUGCAGGAUCGGAUUUGCGCUACGUGUUUUAUAAUUUAGAUGUUAUGGAUUAUUCCACCGACGAUUGGCACCUUUCCACCCUUAUUCUCAUGAGACUACCAGUGUUGCGCAAAAUGCCCUGGCGACCGCGCAGAAAGAUUGGACGAUCGUUUCAGUUUUGGUUCACGAUGAUCUUGUAUGGCUCUCUUGUACUGUUAUGCAUAUGGUGGUACGGCAUCAAGACACUCAACUUUGUCAUGUAUCUCGAGACAACCGUGGUCUGGAAGCAAAAAAUGUUCUGCGCCCUUGGAAUGGACUCGCGGCUGACGGCCAAACAAACUCCGUUACACAAUUUGAAGCACAAUCCCAUCUGGGCGCUUUACAUGAUUUUGGAGACCUUGAUGUCUUUGAGUAGUAUUGGGAUCAACACAGACUCAAAAACGUGGGCUGCAUACUGGGCACACUUGCUGUGCAAUACAACUCUAUGCUUGUAUAUUGCGGUACCGAGACCGGCGCGGAUGUUGGCGAAGAAAGAGAUUACCCGUUCAUUUUUCGAUGCUGACGCGAGAACGUACUAUUGCACGGAGUGCAAAAGAACAAUGGACCAGAGACAAGAGGUGGUAAAAUCAGGGGGGGGGAUAGAAGAUAUCACACAUCACUUUUGGAAGUCGAACCUUCGACGAGCAGCAGAGAAAGGCUGCCGCAUUUGCGCUGCAGUAUGGCAACACUGGGUGCGAACACCGAUCAGCGCGCCCGCACUUCUUGGGUUUUGGCAACCCGUCACAUCCUACACCUGGAGCCGGGAUGGUCAACGGCUCGAAAUCAGCUCCAAACCCGCAGGCUGGUUCUUGACCACGUCUGAUAAGUUUGUUUUUCGUGUAUUUGACAUUCAGGAGAAUGAGCUUCAAUGGCGUUCUAUCAACAGAACCAUUGACUUGUGCACAUGGUCACCUCGGAUCAUUGAAAGGGCCAAAUUAUGGCUGUUAGAUUGCAUCUCCAACCAUGAGCGUUGCACUUCAUCAUUGCAAGACAAAAUCUACCUUCCCACACGCUUAGUGCGAAUUGCACAAGAGGCUCGAAAAUUGAAACUCAGCCUUUAUCAAACAGGAGCCAACACUGAGAAGAUCCGCUACGCGACUUUGAGCCACUGUUGGGGUAACAUCAAAGGUGGACAACUAAUCGCCGAGAACUACGAUGACUAUGUUUCCGACAUACCUACACAAUCACUCCCGCUCAACUUCCGACAUGCUGUGCGGAUCGCAGCAGAUCUUGGUCUUGAAUUCAUCUGGAUCGACUCUCUCUGCAUUGUACAAGGAUCAAAGAAAGAUUGGGACCAUGAAGCACCGACUAUGCGAUCCAUCUACGCCAAUUCCGUAUGCAAUAUUGCUGCUACAGAUGCGAGCGACAGUACACAAGGCCUUAUAUUCAAACGAGAUCCCAUCGCCAUACUCCCUUCGGCAUUUGGGAAAGAUAGAAGCGCAUUUUUGAGCAAUGAGACUGACCUCUUCGACCAUCCCCUGUAUCGUCGGGCUUGGGUGAUGCAGGAGUUACUUCUGGCGCCGCGGACACUUCAUUUUAGCAGAGCGCAGGUUCAUUGGAGCUGUAACACAGCCAAAGCAUCCGAGGUCUAUCCGAGCAUUAAUUUCGACUGGACUGCUGGCCAGAUUGAUCACCACCCUGCACGAAACUUUAGUGUCCUACAUGGAUCUAGCCAAUCCACUAUACUCAACGCAAGGAUGCUGGAAACGCAGUUCAAGGCUAUGCUUGGUUAUGACCAGACGGAAAUAGCCCAAUUUCCCUCCAACAAUGCUGAAUCGAGAUCUGUCCUGUACCCGAGAGCCGACUCUUCGGUGGCGCGUGUGUCCCAUUACGGAAAAGUUCGCUCCUUCGGACGCCAUCCCUUUAACCAAUGGGCAGCACUAGUUGAAUCGUACACUAAAAUGAACAUCACAAUGUCCAGCGAUCGACCUAUUGCACUACAUGGGGUCGUCACGCUCCUUACUCCCUACCUGGGCCAGUUCAUCGGCGGCGUAUGGCGCACAUUUCUGCCCAUGGAACUACUGUGGGAAACGCGCAUCACAUCAUGGAGACCAAGAACCUACCAAGCGCCCUCAUGGUCGUGGCUUUCCGUAGAAGGUCCCAUCACAUACUCGAGAUGUUUUCGGCACCACCCAGGCCAGACCUUCAUCGCAACCAUCACCGACAUGCACAUCGAGUACGACGAAAACAACAUGAUCGUAGCCACUCCACCAGCUUGGCUUCGCAUACGGGGCAAACUUGCCAAGGCUUAUUGGGAAGGUCAGGGGUUUCGAUAUAUACAUAAGGCCAAGGGCGUUCCCGUCAUUCGAGAAGUAUGCCCGGCGCAGGCCACGCAAGAGCCAGAGGGUGAAGAAGCCAGUUUCUUCUUUGACGAUGCUCGCUAUGCGCCGAGGCUGUUCUUCGACGAAUAUCAAGACAGAUAUCAUCUGGAUGAAGACAUCUAUUUGCUUGCUAUCAGACAUGCUUUCCCGGAAGACGACGUCGAUGAAGUGGGGUCGGUCGACGGCUUGGUACUCCGCCGAAGUGAAGGGUUGAGCCAUUUCACCCGGGUUGGCAUUUUUUCUGAUGCGCACUGUUUGCAACUCCUGCCUUUCUUUGAUUGUCUGAGUGAGAGCGAGAUCGUGAUCGUGUAG